AAUUAAAUGCACAAUAUUAUGAACAAGGAUUUGAUCUAGUAGUAAUAUCACUAGUUUUGAACCUAAUGAUCUCAGAAUCAAAUCCAUUUAGUAGUAGUUAAUUAUAAAACCAAACCUAUGUUAUCACCCUUAUCUAUAAAAAAAUAAUUAAUAAAUUCACUGCACAAUAUUUUUAGAAGAAAAGGACUGAGGUUUCUUCCGAUUGUGCGAGAGCUAAAUUACAUAUUUAAAUUUUGCAGUUCUUGCAAACGGGUUAUUUUUUUUCACACAAUUAGACCAAUUGGUCAAGUAAUUUCACUUAUAUCAAAGCAGAUAACCUAAUUUUAUCCUGCAAUUCCAUAAUAACUCCCAUCAAUCAAUUUUUCCUAAUCAUUUCACCAAUCCUACCACACUCCUUAGCUCAUGACGGGUAAAAUUUAGUUUAUAUAUCAAUUAUCUAAUCACAAUCAUAUGGACGUAUCUCUUUUAUCAUUGUGUAGUAAAAAAAAAUUAAACGAAGUAGAAUAUAAAAGAAAUUGGGUAAAAACAGACGAUCUGCCUGAAUUAUAAAUGAGUUGUAUAAUUUUUGUUGUCACGCAGUGUGACAAAAAUUCUAAACCAAUUUAACGAAAAGUCCAUUUCUCAACCAUUAACAUUUUGAUGCGAAUAUAUCAACAUAAAAGUCAUCAAGUCAAGUCUCAACCCAUGCUAGCUUAAGGGAUAGCGCCACUGGUGUUAUAUACAUUGAUCUCUAAACUAAUUAGGAUUAUCGUAAAAGGUUCACCCAAUCGGUUUAACCGUCAAACACACGAGUUGAUGUCACAGACACGAAAUCAUUAGAAGUAACAAACGCCAACUUAUCAUCAUAAACCUGUCUCAGGAUUGGAUAAAGUGUGUCACGUUUCGGACAUCAAUUGGAUGCACAGAUUUUGCGGUCGUUUUCCGACGGAACAGCGGCCGGCCGGCCCCCCUUGAAGUUCGGAGCUGUUAACGUCCCGUUGCUGACAGACAAACUCUACAAGAUUAUUUUGUGUAAACUAAUUCAUAAUAAUGCGUUAUUGGGUAAAUUGCAAGUUUGGUCACUAGAAUUACUAUAAAAUUUCACGUUUGUCACUAAGAUUAAUUUAUUCCAUCUAUAGUCACUCAAAUUAGUCACACAAUUCAAGUUUGGUCACUGGCCGUUAGUCUCCGUUAACUUUUGCUGAGGUGGCAGUCAACUCUCAUAGUUGACCAUUAAAUAGGUGACGUGGCAAUUAAAAAAAAUUAAUCUAUUCAAAAUUCCACCUCAUUAUCAUAAUAAUUAAAAAAUAAAAAAUUAUAAUUAUUAAAAUGGAAAUGGAAAUGGAAAUGAAAAUGAAAAUGAAAAUUUUCAAAAUGGCGGAAAAGCAAUCCGGACACCUCUCAAUUCCCUCCACGACCAGCUCUUCCACGAGAACACCAUCGCCUUCACUUCCAAACUUUCCCAUAUCUCUUCAUCUUCCCUCCUCCAGUCCCUGUAGUAAAUCCGGCGAAUUUCACCCACCUGUAAUCUUCAAUUUCGCUAUUGAACCAGAACCCGAGAUCGAAGGUCCAGGUCGGGCACCCAAGCGAACUGCUUGGUGGCAGGUUUCCAGAGCGCUGCUAUUGUGGUUCUGUACUCGAGACAGAGCAAAUCGAGGUGGAGAAGUCGUCGUAUCUCGGGACGGGCACCGGCAGAUCGCGGUGGAGGGUUGCGAGGUUUGAGUCGAGCAUGGAGAUUAGGAGGUCACCGGUGGUUUGGCCGUGGCGGAUGAUGAGCAGGGGGUUGUCGGAGGCCGAGCGGCGGAGGUGGGCGGCGGUGAAUUGAGGUGUUGUGAGGAGAGAUGACCAUCGUUUGGAGACGGAUUUGAAUCGGAGAAUGAAUUUUACGGGUGAUCGGGUGAGGAUGUCGAUUAGGAUGUCUUCGGGGAGGGAUUUCAGGGGAGAGGCAGAGUAAGCCACUAUUUCCUAUAAAAAUCGAAAUCAUUUUCUGCCAUGGACACCAUCACCAAAAACUUUCAUUUUCAUUUUCAUUUUGAUAAUUAUAAAUUUAUUUUUUAAUUAUUAUUAUAAUGUGGUGGAUUUUGAAUAGAUUAAAUUUUAUUUUGUAUUUAUUUUUUAAUUGACACGUCACCUAUUUAACGGUCAACUAUUAGAGUUAACUGCCUCCUCGGCAAAAGUUAACGGAGACUAACGGCCAGUAACCAAGCUUGAAUUGUGUGACUAAUUUGAGUGACUAUGGAUGGAAUAAAUUAAUUUUAGUGGCAAAUGUGAAAUUUUAUAGUAAUUCUAGUGACCAAACUUGCAAUUUACCCAAUAACGCAUUAUUAUGAAUUAGUUUACACAAAAUAAUCUGUUUGGCAGGAAAAAAAAAGUCGAGAUGUGGCAUUUUGAGCAAAGCUAUUUCACUUGACUCACUUUUUACUUAUCACAAUUGACACCAAUAAAUUAUUUGAAAUAACUCAUAAAUACAACGGGUGGUAAAAUGAUGUGUCCAAACGAUUCUUAAAAAACAUAUUAACGUUAAAAUUAAAAUAUAGAAAUAUUUUAAUGAGUCUUUUUUGCACUAACUACUUAAAUGCACAAUAUAAUGAACAAGAAUUUAAUCUAGUAAUAAUAUCACUAGUUUUGAACCUAAUGGUCUCAUAUUCAAAUCCAUUUAGUAGUAGUUAAUUAUAAAACCAAACCUAUAUUAUCAGCCUUAUCUAUAAAAAAAUAAAUAAAUAAUUCACUGCACAAUAUUUUUAGAAGAAAAGGACUGAGGUUUCUUCCGAUUGUGCGAGAGCUAAAUUACAUAUUUAAUUUUUGCAGUUCUUGCAAACGGGUUAUUUUUUUCACACAAUUAGACCAAUUGGUCAAGUAAUUUCACUUAUAUCAAAGCAGAUAACCUAAUUUUAUCCUGUAAUUCCAUAAUAACUCCCAUCAAUCAAUUUUUCCUAAUCAUUUCACCAAUCCUACCACACUCCUUAGCUCAUGACGGGUAAAAUUUAGUUUAUAUAUCAAUUAUCUAAUCAUAAUCAUAUGGACGUAUCACUUUUAUCAUUGUGUAAUAAAUAAAUAAAAAAUUAAACGAAGUAGAAUAUAAAAUAAAUUGGGUAAAAACAGGCGAUCUGCCUGAAUUAUAAAUGAGUUGUAUAAUUUUUGUUGUCACGCGGUGUGACAAAAAUUCUAAACCAAUUUAACGAAAAAUCCAUUUCUCAACCAUUAACAUUUUGAUGCGAAUAUAUCAACAUAAAAUUCAUCAAGUCAAGUCUCAACCCAUGCUAGCUUAAGGGAUAGCCAUUGGUGUUAUAUACAUUGAUCUCUAAACUAAUUAGGAUUAUCGUAAAUGCAUAUAAUAAGCGAGGUCACACUAGGGGUGGGCAUUGGUGCGGUCCGACCGCACCGAAUCGCACCGUUAAGUUUGCGGUCUAGCAUGCGGUCUACAAUUUAUGCGGUCCGCGGUUUGCGGUCGAUUUAAACCGAAACCGCACGGUUGCGGUUCAAAACCGCAAACCGCAAUCAAUCUUUUGCUAGUGAUCGAUGAAUUCUUUCUCCAGCUCUACGCCAGCUGCUGCAAUUCCUAGAAGAUAUGAAUAUGAAAUUGACAAACUGAUUUGAUCACCUUUAAGAGAGUUCUACCAAAUUGCAUGAUUUCAACCAGGAAAAAGGGACAUUUGAUUGAUUUUAGCUAUGAUGCACCACUAGAACUAAGAAACAGAGGAGGAAACAGAGAAGAAGCACGAUGGAUAUCCGGCGUUUGAAUCAGAAAAUCGGAACAUGGUAAUUUUGAAAUCUUAAUUGGCUUUCAAAGCAGAAAAACGACGUCUGAAAAAGAAAGUUCUUAGACCCAAAAUGAAGAGUCUGAAGUAUUUGUGUUUAUAUUAAGUCUUCCAAAUUGAACUCCAUUUCAAUAUGUCUUGCAUACGAGCUGUUUAGAGUAGGAGUGUACUCUAUAGAAUGCACAAUCCUUGAGAGAAAAACUUGGAUAAAUGGUCGGAAAUUAAAAAAAAAAUGAUGCAGUGGUACCCAUAUGAAGAUUUUGUUUAGUUACUCUCUUCUUUCCAACUGAAAACAGAGGACUAUGACUUGUUCCAUUUUGAUAACAGAAAACCUUUAAUCUUUCUCAUCAACAGAGCAUGCCAUCAGACCUUGAGUGUGUCACCUACACCUCCAUAUUGUUGGCACAACCAAGAGAGUAGUAUAUGUUGUUAUAUGAACAAACAGAGAGACUUGUUACUUGGAUUCCUUUACUUAUUGAUUGGAUUCAUUUCCAAUAACAAUUAGAUAUGUAA